GUUUGUCUAUAUUUCUUGGUUGUGUCUUAAAGUAUACACGUAAAAAUGGUUGUUGCUAAAAAAUCCAAGCGUCUGUAUUCUUGUGUUGCGAAUUAUUGUAAAAAUAAUUCAGUUAAUUAUAAAGGAACUUUUUUUAAAUUUCCGUCUAACGUAAACAGGACUAAGCAAUGGAUAAGUGUAUGUGGAUUCAAUACUGAUAUUAAUAUUCAAAAUAAAAGAAUAUGUGACAUUCACUUUACAUCAGAAAUGUUUCGUAACACUAUUAGGCCUUUAUUAAACAAUAAAGCGAUUCCUAUAAUUUUUCCUUCUGAUAUUAAUACAUCUUUUACAACAAACAAUAUUGGGAUACCAGAUACUACAUCAACAGGCGUUAUUAAUGACCACAAAACUAUAGUAGACCAAGACAAACCUAUAUGUGGGAAUAAUGAACUGAUAAUGCCAAAAGAAUCUGAUAUCAGUUUUGACAAUUCUGUAUCCAAUGAGGUUGACAUGCAAUUAUUAAAUGCCAGAAAGGCAACACUGUUGGAACAAUUUUUGAGUAUAAUGAACUCCAUAGAUACAGAAGAAGAGUUAGAAGUCAUAGAGAAAUUUAUUGAAUCAUUGCAAUCAAAACUUGAUGCAAUGAGAAGAGGAGAAUGUGUUUCUGAUGAGGAAGAAAAAUGCCCAAUGGAUUUGGAGGUUGUUUUGGUUAAAGAAGAACCACUUGACCGAGAAAAUGAAGAUUUUCGAAGUAUAUAGAUUUAAGGGAAGAAGGUUGGGUGUAAGAAUAAAUAUGUAGAGUACACUCUAAAGAAAAAUUAUUUAGUGGAAUGACCCAUAUAAACUUUUUUGAACUUAAAAAUACAUGUGCUGAAAGUGAAACUUCUUUUGGAAAAUUAAAUUUUUGGCAUUCAAGUUUUUAUUUGAAGUUUUUUUAAGGUAACAAUUUUCAAUUUUUUAGAAUUUUUGAA